CACCACUUAUAACCCCGUACAAAAAUACAAAUCAAAUCGUAAAAUAUAUAUUUGUUAUUUGAACUUUUGGCAGAUGAGGCCGGUCGUUAUUGCAAAAAGAAUAUUGUUAUAAGUCCGUAAAAUAGUUACUUUGAAAUGUAUUUGCCUUUCGGGGUUUUACUAUGUUUGUUGUGCCCGUCUUUUGGUGAAGUUUCAAUAAAAUAUGCAGCUAUCAUUUAUAGACACGGCGAUAGGACCCCGAUUGAUCCAUAUCCAACAGAUCCAUGGCGAAACGAAUCAUUAUGGCCCGCUAGAUUCGGUCAACUUACGAAUAUCGGUAAAAGACAACACUAUGCUUUAGGACAAUGGUUUAGGAAAAGAUAUUCUAAUAUAAUCACAGAUAAAUACGACUCGAAGAAGGUACAUGUUCGGUCAACAAAUGUAGAUCGUACCCUAAUGUCGGCUGAAGUGAAUUUAGCAGGUAUGUAUCCACCUGCGGGUAAAGAAGUAUGGAAUGAUCAUUUGAACUGGCAACCAAUACCAAUACACACAAGACCUGAACAUGACGAUGAAGUGUUAGCAAUGAAAAGAGAAUGUCCACAAUAUGAUGUUGCAAAGAAAAAUUUUAUCAAUUCCAGAGCAUAUGAAGAUCAUUUGAGUAAAUAUGAAGAGCUAAUGGAAUAUUUGACAAAACAUACACUGAGAAAGAUUAAAGAUUUUGAAGACAUUAAUGAUAUUUAUAAUAUUUUGUUUAUUGAAAAUUUGUAUAAUUUAACAUUGCCUAAAUGGACACAAUCAGUAUAUCCGGAGAAACUCAAAGAACCAGCUUGUUAUAGUUUUUCAAUAGCGACUGCAACACCGCAGAUGGCUCGCUUAUUAGCUGGUCCUCUCUUGAAAAUAAUAGUAAAUGAUAUGUUAAAUAAAAUGUCAGAGAAACCGGAUGCUCUUACUAUGUCAAUAUACAGCGGCCAUGAUUUUACAAUAGCUAAUAUUCUAUCUGCUCUUGGAUUAUUUGAUGGAAACUGUCCUUCAUAUACAUCUACAGUUAUAUUGGAACUGUUACAUGAUAAGUCCACUCAUGACUAUUAUGUAAGAAUAUCGUAUAGGAAUACAACGGAAAUUGUCGAGCCACUCAUCCUUAAUAUACCUGAUUGCGGUAAAAUGUGCCCCAUUCAGAGGUUUAUUCAAAUAUAUGACAAUAUAAUUUCAGUUGACUGGGUUUCGGACUGCCAAGUUAAGAAUAACAACACUUUAAUUAUAUAUUUCUUUGUAACGAUUCAUAUUUUCAUCUUUAUUCUGUAUCUACAAGAUAAUUAUAAUGAUGUUAUCAAACAAGAGAAGAGGAAUGAAUUAGUCAGAAACAGAAGUAUAGCAACAGGCGAAGCCACGACUUGUUUAUGCCCAGAUUUGGAACAUAAUGUUGAUGCUAAUAAUGUUGAAAAUCCUCAAUUGUUACCGUGGUUUAAAGUCAUGUAAAUUUAUCUGGAAUACGAGGCUCUUGCGACUGACAAUGACAAGACAAUAGGCAAUGUGCACAUUUUUUAUACCUUAUUAUUAUAAAAAAACAUACCUAUAUAGAUUUUAAAUUAUAAUAUGGUUUAAUUUUAUAACUGCUGCGCCAAGUUCUAAAACGCAGCGCUGUUGUUCGAAGCAAGUGACGGGUAGAUUGAAUCACUUUUUAACUUUUAAUAACUCAGAACCAAUCAAAUACUUUGUUGUUUGGUGACGUCACAACUCUCCGGCACACUCAGACCGCGUUUUAAUCGCACGUAAUUUAUUUCAACUUUAUUUUAUCUUUUAGCUCAAUGGUUGUUUUUUUUAUGCCUUAUUUUCUGGUUAUCUUAUAACAAGUAGAAACGUUGCAAAAGAUAAACAAAAACAUAUUUCCAAUAGGGACAAUAGUCCGACUAGGAUUUUGUGACACUCUUGAGAUAGACGUGGAGUUUAAGUGCUGUAGUUUUUUAGUUUCGUUAUGCAAAAAGUGCCAGAUAAGUUUUUUUUUUUAUAACAUGAGGUGGCAAACGAGCAAGCGGCCACCUGAAAUCGCCAAAAUGGCGAAGCGACC